AUGUUCAACACCCUGAACAUCACCGAACCCGUCCGACCCUUGCUGCUGCUGAAUGGCAUGGGGGCCACCCAGUACGAGUGGCCCCCCUCCUUCCUGGCCUGGCUGUCGCAGGGGUCCCGACCCGUUGUGACCCUGGAUCAUGCUGGGAUCGGAGGGUCCACUUUCCUCGCCGCCACGGCGCCCUCCAUCCCUCUGCUGACCGAGAACACCGCGGCAUUCAUGGCCGCCCUGUCAGCGGCGCACCCAGAUACCCUACUGCCUGAGUAUGACGUGCUGGGCUACUCCAUGGGAGCCAUGGUCGCGCAGUCCCUGGCAGCUUCCUUCCCUUCCUCGGUGCACGUCGUGGUCUCCGUGGCGGGUUCCUUUGGCGGUCCCCUGGCCCCUCAGCCGGAGGGGGGCCUGGCUGCCACACUGGCCAGGCUGGUGGAUGCCCAGCUAGGCUCCAGCCAGGCCGACCUGACCCUCUUCUUCCCCCUGGGGGCCCUGGAUCCAGCCUACUGCAGCCUCUGGAAUGCGGUGGCCUCCCUGCAGUAUGCUGUGGGUGCGCUGCAGAUGCCUGGGGCGGGCUAUGCACUCGGCACCGUCGUCAAGAACCCCCUGGUCCUGCUGAAAACGAGGGCGGCUCUGGAGGCGCAGGCCGCGGCAGUCCUUGCCUACUACGAGGGCUUCUGCGCGGCGGGCUGGCCGGCGCAGCUGGAGGCCCUGUGCCCUCGGUCGACAGCAGCCAGUCAGGCACUGGGCAAAGGGCCGGUGCCCAUCGCCUUCCACGGGGGAUCGGCGGACAAGGUUAUCCCGGCAGUCACACAGACGUAUUCGGCCCUCCAAUCUCCAGACUACCUCCUCGUGGAGGUUCCAGAGGCUGGUCAUGGUAUCAUAUACAAUUUCGAUGCCGAGGAUGUGGCCAACAUUCUCGACUACCUAGAUGCCGCUCAGCCGCUGAGCGGGGGACGGCCAGACAGCGGCGCAGCGUCCUCCGUGACGGGUGCUGCGGGUCCUACCCUGGCAGCCGCUGCAGCAGCCCACAUUGCAACGCACUUGCUGUAG